AUGCAGCCAGUAGGGGGCUUUGGCGCUGACAAUUUAAACAAACGCUGUAGACUUACCUGUGUUUUACGCUUUCACUCUCUGGAUAUUUUUUGUCGAUAUUUCUGCAAUAAAUGGACCCGCUUAGACAGCGCCGUGUUUAUUAAUAUUUCAUCUCUCGCAGAAAGACUGGCCGAUUCCCUAGGAACAGAACAUUGCUGGGUUAGACCAGCUAUGGUGACUAGAUACAGAUCCUGAUUGGUUCCUGUCGGCUCAUCAUGCCUCGGAUAAAUGUAGUGUCAACUGUCCCAGGGGCCGAAUCGGUGGUGAGACAAUUAUUAUGUGAACCCGUUGUUGCAGUUUCAUGCCAAGGAAAACGCCAUAUAAAUGAGCUGACCUCCAUCACCACCCGCGUCCAUUCUGGGGCCUUGUACGUGUUCGAUGUGAAAUCGUGUCCAACUAUCGUGCUAGCUGGCGGACUGAUAAGGUUAUUCCAGUCAGUGGAGCUAGUAAAGGUUUUUCAUGACAUCAGCAUAGACAGCAAAUUUCUCCACCCGUACGGCAUUACAAUACGCAACUAUUUCGACACUCAGGUCGGUUACUCUGUUCUUCUGGAGCAAAAGGGAUUUCCCCCAAGAAAGAUAACUCUGCCUCAACUUUGUAAGAAGUACCAACUAAAUCUUCCGGUUCCCGACCCCCAGGAACAGAAAAGAGCCCUGGAGGAUGUCAACUAUUGGGCGAAACGUCCCCUGUCGCGGCCCAUGCUGAUCACGUGCGCUGCAUCGGUGAUGGAGCUGGAGACUUUGUACACCUGUCUCGCCGGUCAGUUGGAUCCCGACAUGUGGGAUUGGUUUGACUGUAUGAGUGAAGAGAAUCGCCUCGCACUGACCCAGAGGGCACGGAUCCAGUCAGUGAAGUCCGCCCGGAGAACGGAAGAAUUUCUGGAUCACCUGUACGAGUACCCCAUCACGCGGUUGACGGAGGAAGAACGACAACUCUUGUCUGACUCGUUCCCGGAGACGCAUAUUUCCUAACCUGUGAUCAAAUAAUGCAAUAAUAAUAUUGCUUUUUAAUUUUGAUGCAUAAUAUUUUAAUGAGAAAAGAUGUCUUUGUUAAAAGAAUUGUAAAAAAUGAAUUAAAAACUUUUAAUCCUCUAAUU